AUGAAUGUGUAUCCAGCUGAUCCUAUUUGCACCUUUCUUAAUGCGACAUACAAACCGCUUGAAGGAAAGACAUUUCUUGCUACAUACGGGGGAAGUUUCCAGAUGCCACAAACCGGUAAUCCCAGAGAUAUCCUUGUUGUAGAAGUUCAGAAUCCAUUCGCCGCUAUACUAGAGGCUACAAGAAGUAGCGUUGUGAAUACGUACGGUCAGAGGGUAUGGAAAGGAAUCAGAGGACCACCUGACAACCCCGCUGUAUAUGUUGAUUAUUGGCUUUGGGUAGAACCAAUACUCGGCCUCUCAGAGAUGAAUUCCACAGCCGGAGCGCUCAAGUUCAAAAUAGAGACGACGACUGUAUUUCAGUGUUUCGCAGAGCCGGGCAACCCUUUCGCUUUCUCUCAUGGGGUUAGUAUCAGGGCAAGCCUCGAUCAAGGAGCACAAAUUAUGUUUAGUACUCCAGCGCCCCAAAUGGGCAACCAACAACAGAUGGCAGUGUGGCCCAACGCGACGUUUGGCGCUGUUAAUCGGGGGUGGUGAUUGACUGAACGGAACCGAACAUUUUAACAACGCCGACUCUGAAAAAGCUUGGCUGAGUAAUCAUAUAUUAGUAGCUAUAACUCAUAACUUAACGUGCUAGUAAAAAAUGCCAACUAAUCUAUCUUCUAUAUCUAAAGACAGUCGACAGUGCCUCAUUUAAUCAUUAACUGUUUUGUUCAGUUUAGGUCGAGUCAGUUUUUAGUUCCAGUUUGUGCGAGAAUUUGCGAGAAUUGUUAUAUUCAGUUUAGCCUGUUUAAAGCCGCCCCCUCCCUUACGCUGGUUAUCCUCCGCCCGCUAGCUACUCCUUUUAUCUAGAACCGUUCAGAUGCAAGCCAAUCUGAGCCUUUAAUAAAACUUUCGGGGCUACUGAGUGUAACUCAUCUCAACUAUUCUGCACAUUGCCCAUUAUUGUUUAAAAAGGUUUCCGUGCCUUAGCUUCCUCGGUAGUGGAACGGUAUAAUCCGCUUUCAUAUCUACGCAUCUUGAGUGUGCGCGUCUUCAUGGGGCGAGGUAUAGUUAGUGGUUUAAGCAGGAGAGAUCGGUAGGCAACACACGACUGUUACCUCGUGCCAAAAUGCUACUUGUUCCAAUGAUUUUUUUCUCUGGCGGGUAGAUAAUGCUCUAGCUUCUACGCUUUGGAAAGUAAUGCAUACUUACACCAGGCGAUCACUAGGAAAAUUGAGUAGUUGAACAUUAUGAAAGUACACUAUAUACAGCUUAGAAUUGCCAAAGAAUAGACUUUACUGAGAUUAUCGACGUUGUGGAACUUUAUGAUCGCGAACCGGGUAUGCAAGGUCAUCAAUCUUCUCUACCCGGGGCAUCAUGAACAUGCCAUGAACACGAGGUCAUCACUUAAUUUUUGUUCUGUUUCUCUCAGUUCGAUUCCUCUUUGUAAUACUUUUAGUCAACCAGCUGAUUAAGAAUCUAGCGCUUUGAGCUAAGAAUUUUAUAAACCCGCAUAUCUUUGCUUGCCUUCCUAUUCCAGAAUUUAAGUUACUAGUGAAUAGUGGAAGUGUAUUGAUCAGGUGACUGCAACGCGUCGUUUUGUUGAAUUUUUGCUUUCGAAUUAGUCCGCUGAAGUCUAUGCCUGUCGGUCGUAUAAACGAGGAACUUAUCACUACACUAUUCAAAUGAAUUCCUUUGUUUUUAUUAGACUAGGACUUUUAAUUUGCAGUCUCCAAUUAAUCAAUAAAAUGAAAGUAACAUAGUCCAAUAUCUGCAAAUCACUGAUCUUUUUACUCUUGCGUUUACAUGCUGCUCCUUGACUAUUAGUGGCACAUGGCAAGAAAACUGAGAGAACCCGCAAUUGUAUAUAAUCGUUGUUUUCUCUCAGAUGAUUAAUUAUUUUUUGUUUCACUUAUAUUUAAGGGAGACGCUAGGUUUGAGGUAAGUCUCAGCUACUUCAACUGAAUAAAAGUGGAAGAGUAGUGUCACGGCACCCAACGACUGUUUCUUCCUAUAAUGCAUUGAAAACUCUUUUAGGCUGUACUUUUAAAAGAUCUCUAGAAAUGCAUUCUAAACGGUGCUAUAAAAUUUGUUCGGUUAUCCUAGAGGAUCUUGAGUCUUUUCGAAGUUACAAGGGCUUCAGUAUCUUUCAGUAUUAUUUUCCCGAAAGUUUUAGAUGCAAUUUAAAGUUUUACGAAAGCGAGAAUUUUUCGUAUUCCUCUCUCCGUCACAUUUUUUAAUCGGAACAUUUCAGGUUUCCUUUUUCUAAGAAAAUUAGCCAAACAUGGGGAGUAAAAUGUGAGAAAUUAAAGGUCAGAAAAUUUUAGGGAAUUAAUUACAUAAGCUUCGAGAGUUGUAUCUGAAUUGAACGUUUAUAAAUAUCUAGCAAAUUUUUAGCCGUCCUCAAGCGAUAGAAAAUUCCAGACAAUAUUUGCUCCUCCGAACAGAUAAUUUACAGAAAACGUCAUUGGGUGCCCCUGUAGUAUUUUCAAGUCAGUAAAAUUCGAAUGCUUCAUCUAUGAAACACCAACGGCGCAGUGACAGAUCCUGGGUAAAGCUAGUAUUAUGUAUGUAUACUAAAGGCUACUAAAGCCGGCCGAAAUAAGACGGUUGUCUAAAACACUAUACGAGUUCAUCUGUCACAACGUUGGCAAAACAUUUGGUGCCCAAGUCUUAAAAUACAUGACACGCUUUGAGAAGGCGUUCUUAAUUUAAACCUGUGAGUUCUAUUGCUUCUUGACUGUGCGUAUAUAGAGCCAUGGCUUCAGCGGAUCGGAGUAAUUGUAUAUACGCUUCACGAAGGAAAAAGAUACGCAGUGUCACUCAACCAACUAUGGCAGUCUACUAGAUGAGCGUCCAAGAUCGUAUCCGAUUGACUAAAACACAAAAAGAGAUGAUGUCUUCUCAGUCAUGACCAUACCAACUUUCCCUCCUAGUCUGUUUCCGAUAAGAAAUCGAAAACUAAUGAGAAUUUGAUAGAAAUUUUCUCACUGGGGUAUAUAAACGUAGAAGGACGCAAACUCAAUGCGGUGUAUCAAGAGAGAAUGAGCUCUCUUGGGUGCAUCAAUGAAGAAAUCCGGAAAGGAGUGACCGAUUUACAUGUUAUCCGUUUUCCCUAUAGCGCUUAAGAGGCAGACAAACUAAAAGCAAUGUUCAAGAACCUACAAUUAUCAUUUUUGUGGAAACUAAAAGACAAAUACUGCGAUCUCAAAAUUCUUAGCAGGCUUGAGCCAAAGAAGUUUUAUUUGAACGGCAACGUAAACACAGUAGGAAUUUGUUGAACAUACUCGAAAGUUAAAACUAUAGCUGUUAAUAAACAUAUCUUUAUAAUUUACUAGGUUUGAUAAAUGAAUGGUAAAGCUCUGACUUGCCUCUAUCUUUUUUUGGUUAUCUUCGUUGCGAUGUCUUCGACUCCUCAUGAGAACUCGAGGAUACAAACAAGAAGAGUCCUAGCGAAAACCGAUAAAUUAAAAACCUUGAGUCUUCACGGUAAGUUUCGUUCUAGUCAGUCGGAACUCGUUAUUAGUAACUCUAUGUUACACAAGGUUUCGCCAGAAAUGGGUGAAAUAACGUACAUUUCUAUGCGUGACUUGCUAUGAGCCUUUUCCUUAUAAAAUCCCAAUCAAGACCCUGAUGUCUGUUUCUGAGGGGUAAAUAUGCCACUUGCAUAGUUUUGACGUGUAUGCAGUAAUAGUCAUAAUUCUAUAAUCUGGUUGUUUGUCACGGUUUCUUAGAAAGACCCACGCUUUUACUAUUCCCGGAAAAGGUAGCUACAAAAGGAGUGGUUACGCAGAGUGCAUGUUGACCGUCGACAUUUCACGGAUGAAUUAAGCUUUUAAAGAUUUUUGUGGUUGAUGACGAGAGAGCUUUUAUAUUGUUCACUUCGUUAGCCUCUUCUUGUGUUGUUCUUUCGAAUGGCUGUUCAUCGCGUAUUUUAAAUUAACCUUUUUCAGGUGAGUAUUUAGUAUGAAACUCAUCUGCUAACAAGGCUGGACGGCUGAAGAUCCUGGUGAUGGCAUAUUUUAUAUUACGAUUAGGUCAAAUACUAGACUACGAGUAAUCCCCCAUUUUUCCUCAGAGAUAGUGGAGCGUGCUAAACGCGAGCGCGCUUGAAAAUCACCCCACGCGAGAAAAGGCGACACGCGGCGUCGCGUGUCACCUUUUCUCGUGUGGGGUGAUUUUCAAGCGCGCUCGCGUUUAGCACGCUCUACUAUCUCUGAGGAAAAAUGGGGGAUUACUCGUAGUCUAGUUAAAUACACCUCCUUUAAAACUCUCUCACGUGAUGAUUUGCUCAUUCUCUCUUGUCCACAGUUAAGGCGUAUCACUUUCAAACUGGGCAAGUUAACCAACUUUAAGGCAUUCUUUCCAGCAGUGUCGAUUUUAAUAAUAUAUCAAGCAUGAGAUGCAGCGUUUCAUCACCAAAUGAAACGCCAAGAAGAGAGUUGAAAAUACGAUGCGCAGCGGAGUAUUUUUUUACGAACUUCGAGGUGUUUUAUCUGGUGAUGUAACACUGUGUCGAAUGCUUGAUGUUACUUCUCAAACAAAAUGAUUUUAGAAGGAGAAAUUAGGGUUGCAAAAAUGAGCAGUUUUUCAUCUGAUUUCCAAACACUCAUUAAACAUUAAUUUCUUUUGUAUUUUCUUUAUGAAUUAUUUUAAUAAUUGUCCGUGUAAGAGGUAGGCAGGCGAACGGCAAAAGUGAUUAAAAGGUGCUAACUUUUAAUCAUUAAUUUCAAUUAAAUCAAGCGUUCUGAUUGGCCGAAAUCCAAAAAUCGCCAAAAAAACAGUCAAAAACGUGACAAAAACAACUUUUUUUAGCUUUAUUUUCCCCAUUCCCCUGUCUUAUACCUCACGGCCAAGUUUCAGCAUUGUUCUAUGCGCCAAUCAAAAGUUAGAGCGGAAAACGUGCAACAUACGCGCGACCUUGUUGUGACCCCAUCUUAGUGUGACACUUGAGAUGUUAGGAAACUUGCCUUUUACCCGAAGAAAUCUCGUCAAUUUCUUCGUGAAAAAUCUGCAUUUUUUCUUUAUUGAAUAUUUAUCUCAAAUUUACUGUAUUUUAUCAUCGGAGUGAUCGUCAAAAUGCUCUUAAACAUGGUUUGCUGCCGUCCUCGACAUGCCGAGUCGCCAUGUGGAAAUUUGGGCCCGGCUGUUUUCGUUGUCAGGCCGGAUCAGGAGGAGAUCGGAAUAAUUGUGACACUAGAAAUUGGAGAACAGCUGGGCAUAAAAGGAGAAAGCGAAAGAUUUGUUGUUUUUCCAAGAAUGAAUUUAUUUCUCGAAGAGAUGUAGAACACUUGAGCUUGAGGUAAGCUGAAUUCAAUAGAUUUUCUCACCUCCGCGUGCAUUAUGUGUUAUUCAUGUGUUUGCCCUUUUCGAAACUUCCAUAUUCCGUGUAGCUUUACCCAUCUCUCAUUCGAUUUUUUUUCUCUCUAGACUGCUUCAUCAAGCGAAAUGGAAGUUCGCCGUUGACCUUAAGUUAAAAUGAGCGAAUUGAAAUUAGUGACACGUUUGCAUUUUGUACCUUUGAGUUCUGAGACGGAGAAUACCGAGACGGAAGCCGCUUACGUAUCAUAAAUAGCUGUCACUGGUGUUUGAGUUUCUCUUGGUACGGAAGAUCUAGCGAGCAUGACUGUAGCUUGCCUCUAUUUUUUCCAAGGACGAAAGAGAUUGUAAGAAGGAUUUUUAUAGAGUAAUAUCAAAACCUUGAAACAGAUAAACUGUAGGAGAGCUUUUUCUGAAACCCAAUUAUCCGAACAUGCAGGAAUUUUUUCUAUCUGGGCAACAUCAUCUUUUUUUCCAAAAGCAGAACAUUUAGAUAACAUUUAGAUUUGAUUUUGUGUACGUGUUGUUGUUCUGUAUGGUGGCCGAAUAUGAACGCAGGACAUUGGCGCGUUCGCCAGAUUCGCCACGUGAGAGUGAAUUGCUGCUGUUUACGAUCAUGGUUUUGACAUUUCUUUUGUGAGAGCCGACGUAAAUGUUGUUCCCAACGUCGCUGAUUGAUGUAACACUGUGCUCAUCUUCGUGUAAUUUCAUAUCAGUUUAACUUCCUCGGGUUUGGCGCAAAGAAAUCUUUUAAAUUUUAGAUAUGUUAUAUUUUUCAACAUAACAAAGCAAUAGACGAAAUAAAAAGUUGUUCGAAUGAGUCUUAAGCUAUCUUAAUUCAACUUUAAAAUUCAAAUUUCGCGCUUUUCGCUGUAUUGACCAAUCAGAGCAUUCAGAUUUAAUUUGAUUAGAGAAAUUAGCGCCUGAAAAAUAACUGACGCUAUUGCCGCGGGCUAUUGUUUUUCUGCCUGCUUCUUAGCUGGACCAUUACUUAAUGCGUUUGAGAAGGAUACACCCUGACUGGCCCUUCUCAAAACUUGAAAAAACGGUGGGAGAGUCUAUCGCAGCAAAAUCGGCGAUAUUCGCCAAAAAAAAAUAUUAGUUCCCACGAAAAUGUCAUGUUAUAUGGUAGGCAGGCUCCUUUGCAGUAACUUGUAGCAUCCUUUCCGAGUAGGGCCUCCUGUUAACCUCAAGCAGUCCCUUGCUGUAACCUUUGCCUUUUGUGACUGUAGGUAGAUGCUUGGUAUUCUGGCUCGUCAGCUGGUAAUGUCAAGCGUAAUAUGAAGACAGCAGAAAGUUUCUGUACAUCACUGCAGCAGAUAUUUGACACCUCCUGGGGAAAACAAUACUUGGAACCCGGACAGUGGCUGAUACGUCCUUGCUGUCUUUUCUCAGUUUUAUUUUGUACAAGAGAAUGUAGAUAUUAAAAUAUUACAAACGGCGUUGAUUUGUUUGCUGUCGAGACUUGAAAAAGCGUCUGUUGUAGCGAGUAUGUUGUAAUCAAACGACUCUGACUUUUGUCGACGAUUCAUCUGCUGUUGUUUUUUAUCAAGGUGCCCAAAAAGCAAGGUAUCCACUAGGUGAGAGUUGACUCUAUUGCUGUAAGAAGGCAAAAAUUCCAGAAGGCUCAGUUUCUUACAGUAUUUACCCUAAACGGGUAUAUGCCGCCAAACGGGGUAUGGUUUUGGGGGUCUUGAUCAUGAAUCUUAAACAUGGUAUACAACUCCUCUUUGUGGUGCGUUGUCUACAUGUACACCAAAACUGAAAUUCCUGGGACAGGCGCAGUUAUUAGUCUAGUAGAUGGGUUCUAAUGAUUAGUGCUACGAGCAAGGUAAUAUAAAAUAAUGACCUUUACCUUUACCCUAGCUCCUUAUUUUCACAGUAAGAACAUUAAGCAUCCCAUUCUGACCCACAAAUUAAUUUAACCUUACCAACAAUAUAUAUUCGAGAUAUCUUGGAACGCUUUUCCAAAUGUCUAAAGGACAGGUUUUGCACUUUUUCCCAAUUGCAACUUUAAGUAUAAUUCAACUCGAUCGUGACAUCCUGGUAAUUUCUUCACCUUUGUAUAAAGGACGUGUCAUUUCGGGCAAAGGUUUUCGGAAUGGACCAUUUCAGUCGGAGAAUACUCCAGGGUAAACAUAACGGGGUCUCAACGAGUACUCUGACACCAUCUGAAGUAAAAGGCUCUGUCGCAGGAAACCACGCGUGAGCUUCACGCGCAUGCUGGGAGACGUGAGGGGCGAGGAAGGAAAGGCAUAUCGAAUUAUACGGAGAGAUAUUUUCAAUGAUUAAAAAUAUUAUUUUGAAACAUUUUAAAUGAAAAGUAAUUAAUCUUAAGCUCAAUUAACCUGUAUUUUUUGUAUCUUUAAAUCAAAAUAAAGGUCUUCGGGGAAAAAUUUGAAAAAUUUUAGCAUUUGAUAGAUCAUACUUUUUAUAAAGUAUUUCACUUCUAAUAUUAUUUUACACAUGGAAAUGUCAAUAGUCAAUUUAAAAAUAAUCUUUGUGAAAAAGCAAAAGCGGAAACGCAAACGCCCAACUCAAGGCCGGGGCGCGACAUUCAUUAUAACAGGAAAUGACCGUUUUCACACUAGAGACGGAUUAUUCGUGUGAGACCGGUUAUCCGUUUGAUGAUUCGCGUCAGAUAGGUAAUACUUCUUAAUUUGAAAAUGGAAUAGUUUUAGUUUUGAAUGAACAACCCGUCUGACUUUAUCCGUCAAUUUCGACGGACAGUUUGAAGACGGGAUUAUCCGUUCCAGAUAGCCUGUGUACAGCCACCCCCUCCCCUCAGAAAAAAAAUGGAGAAGGGGUGUCUGUGGGGAGGGCGUGACUGUACACAGACUAGUCUCAGACGGAUAAUCCAUUUCUAGCGCUAGCGUGAAAACGGCCAAUAACAAAAUUCCCAUGUCUAGUGCUUUUAAUGAUAGCGAAGGACUGUACAGAACGACUGUCUGCCGUCACAUUAUUCCGUCCGGCUAAUGCGUUUCGGGUCACGUGGUCCGAGCGAGUUCGCCACCGAAAUGCCUUGACCGAGAUUGCGUGGGAAGACGCCGUACAGGGACUAGGCCUGGCAAUGUCUACCGUAGCGUCAGAGAAAAACAGGGAAAUGCUGUUUAUCGGCAACGUGUUUUACAAACAGUGACAUCUCUGCGUGUUGUCUCAUUAGUGUUUCGAAGGCACGACCUCCUGCAAAUCACAAAUAUUAAUCCCUAGCAAGAAGCCACACUUUCGCUAUGGAAAAAAUUAGUUCCCCACGGAGAGUGGGGGAAAUGGAGCCUAGGUCUUUGUCAACACCUAAAAGGCGCUUCGCCUAACGUGCGUACGGAGUCACACUAGCAGGGAAAUAAAAAACGCAACCAUAAAUGAGUUUAGUGCCUCCCUUAAAAGUAGCAAAUCUAGGGAACAGUUUCUUUUACGGUUAACUCUUUUUUACUCUAUUUACGGCUAACGGUUAAAAUUUUUCAAUUUUUACUGCUAUCGACUAAAUUUUUGGCCGUUUUACGCCUAUCGGUUAACCCCAUUGAGACCCUCUGGUAUGAAUAUAUUUUUUAUGUAUAAUAGGAAGAAUUAUAUUAAUUAUUAUAUCUCGCAUGGUGUUUUCCGCCUCGACCUUCAGUCUAAGCCGGAUCCCUCCUCUUCGAUGUGCAUACUCAGCCUCAUCCAAUAAUUGUGAACUUGUUACUUUUUAGAUAAACUCGAUAAAACUUUUUUGCAGUGAAAAUAACUAUUUACAGUUAGUAAUUUGUCGUUGUGUUUUUCCCAGUUUAUUCGGCAAGCUACAUUGAAUUUGUCAUUUUGGAAGCCCUUGCAAACAAAGAGCUAGCAGAAACCCCUACUAGCCCCUUGGCUAAACACUGAAGUGAAACUAAAAGAGCCAAUAGUAAUCUAAAAUUGCCAUGUCACAUGAACUGAAGGAGCCAAUCUAGAACGGUUAUUGCGAAUUAUUGCCAUGUCAUUUCAUGAUCGACUACAAAAAGCUUCCUCAUUGAACACGGUGAAGGUUCAUUUACCCAAGCUUAUGGCUAUGACGAAUGUGCUCGGUCCUCCACAGCUGCCUCCAGCUGGUAUUUACGACACCUUUCUGGAAACUACAUACAAAACGCUUGAAGGAAAGACAUUUCGAGCUCUUUACACGGGAAGCCGCUUGAUGCCACAAACAACAAAUUUCAGAGAUAUUCUUGUUGUUGCAGCACAGAAUCCCUUUGCCGCUUUAAGGAGUAGUGUUGUGGCUCAGUGCGGUGAAAUGGUGUGGAAAGGAAUCACGUGCACAUUUUGGGGUGAUGUCUGGCUGUGGGUAGAACCAACGUUAGGCGGUAUUAUAAAUGUAAAUUCCUUUCAGGAGUUCAAAAUAGAGAAGACCACGGUGUUUCCGUGUUACCCGGACACCAACUUCCCUCAUGGCGGAGUUAGUAUCAGGGCAAGCCUGCUGAUUCCACAAAUUCCUACUAUCCAAGUGCCCCAAAUGGGCACCCAACUGAGGUUCCCCUCUGGCAUGUGACUGAACGGAACUGAACAUGACGCCGAGUCUGAAAAAGCUCGGAAAGAAACGUGUUUGUAGAUAAAUAAUGGAGCCAUGUCCAGCACUGGCCAUGAAAUCCAGAGUUUCUUCACUUCUUACUUAGUUCUACACUUCUCAGAGGUGUGGAAGUGUGGAAAAGUCCGACAAAGUAAGGAUAUUGUCGCACUUUUCCCCCAGUCAUGAACCCUUUGUCAUUCUUUACUUAGUUCUACACUUCUCAGAGGUGUGGAAGUGUGGAAAAGUCCGACAAAGUAAGGAUAUUGUCGCACUUUUCCCCCAGUCAUGAACCCUUUGUCAUUCUUUACUUAGUUCUACACUUCUCAGAGGUGUGGAAGUGUGGAAAAGUCCGACAAAGUAAGGAUAUUGUCGCACUUUCCCCCAGUCAUGAACCCUUUGUCAUUCUUUACUUAGUUCUACACUUCCCAGAGGUGUGGAAGCGUGGAAAAGUCUGACAAAGUAAGGAUGUUGUCUCACUUUCCCCCACUCAUGAACCCUUUGUCAUUCUUUACUUAGUUCCACACUUCUCAGAGGUGUGGAAGUGUGGAAAAGUCUGACAAAGUAAGGAUAUUGUCGCACUUUUCCCCACUCAUGAACCCUUCGUCAUUCUUUACGUAGUUCUACACUUCCCAGAGGUGUGGAAGCGUGGAAAAGUCUGACAAAGUAAGGAUAUUGUCUCACUUUCCCCCAGUCAUGAACCCUUUGUCAUUCUUUACUUAGUUCUACACUUCUCAGAGGUGUGGAAGUGUGGAAAAGUCCGACAAAGUAAGGAUAUUGUCGCACUUUCCCCCACUCAUGAACCCUUCGUCAUUCUUUACUUAGUUCUACACUUCCCAGAGGUGUGGAAGUGUGGAAAAGCCUGACAAAGUAAGGAUAUUGUCGCACUUUUCCCCCUGUUAAGAACCCUUUGUCAUUCUUUACUUAGUUUCACACUUCUCGGAGGUGUGGAAGGGUAGAAUAGUGUGACAAGUUGAGUUUAAUGUUGCACUUUCCCUGAGUCACCAGAAGCUCAGUGCGCUUUAUGAGCACUUGGUUUUAUUUCUGUAUGGUUUUUUACAUUUUUCCUUUAGAACUAUUUUUAUUUUGAAUAGCAGAUAUAACCAUUGUUUCAAUGCCAGCUGUUGAAAGAAACUUCAAGUUAAGAAAUCCGAUCUCCAACCAAGCUUUCAUCCUUAUCAGUACGGGUUCAAAUUUGAUAAUUGUUAGAUCACGCCACAUAUCCACUGUUUCGCAGUUUUUCCUCUUCUCUAAGGUUAUGUAAAUGCUGGACAUAAAUUUUUUUUUUUUUUGUAUUUUAUUUAUUUAUUUUCUUUUUACAGGUAUAGUACAAAUGGACAUAAAUUAUGAAAAAGAAGCAACACCACGCUCGGAGGCGAACGGCUCGAGGCCAAGAAACAUCGAAAAAGAAUUCACCUAAGGGUGACUCUCUAAAGACGAAGAGGAGGGUGGACCAUGCAAAUAUUUUAGUAUUGUCACGUGCCGCAGAGAUAACAUAAAUAUUGCCAACCCUAUAACACGCAAGUAAACAGUGAUCCCCCUUUUCCGCAGAGAGAUCUGCAGGUAGCUACUCUAGGCCGAUAAGUCACAAUUAUUACUUUAUACAGAAUGCUGUAUAUUUUUAGACCAAUUUAGGUCAUGAACGUGAUGAAGGAAUAGAACAAUAAGAAUUGAUUUGAGCAUUUAUAAACUUUAUCAAGUUGAUCUUAAAGCGAGGAAGAUAGAACGCACAUACUCUGCAUUCUUUACUGCCUAUUUUUAGCGUUGUCACGAUCUUAAGAGACCUGACUGUUGUACCCAAUUAAAAGCUCCCGGGGUUCAGAUUCUUUGUGUAUUGUAUUUGCGUUAUAAUGUGGCAUUCACAUUUAAAUGAUACGGAAAUUCCUAAAACAAAACGUUAUAUACCCAAAGGGUUUGAAUUGGGUACGACAUUGAGUCAGCCGAAUAGAUCUAUAGGAAGGAGAAAAACCCUGAAUAAGACGUCUCAUAUAUGGCACAUUAAGAUGAAAAAUUUCAAACAUAAAAAUCUAUAGAUGAGAUGACGUUGUUGAGGUUUCCGUUGAAAAAUAAAUAAAUAAGUAAACGAAGAUAAAGGACUGACGGAGACUGAACGUGACAGAAAAAACGUAGGCUUGUUUUAUGGUCGGGUAUUCAAACAGAUGGCAGUGAAACAAGGCUAAUAUCUUCUAGUCAUAGAAUUGUUGUCUAAACUUAAAAUAGCAUUUAAAAUACGUAAAACGAGUUGCAGGAAUAAAACCAACAAAUACUCCCACUGCGCUUUCUUCUCAUUUCAUACAUAGGAGUGUAACUAAGGAAAGAAUGUCAAGGGAUUCGUGACUGGGGGAAAGUGCGACAAUAUCCUGACUCUGUCAGACUAUUUUAUACUUCCACACAUCUGAGAAGUGUAGAACUAAGUAAAGAAUGACAACGGGUUCUUAACAGGGGGAAAAGUGUGACAUUAUCCUGACUUUGUCAGACUCUUCCACACUUCCAGACCUCUGAGAAGUGUGGAACUAAGUAAAGAAUGACAAAGGGUUCAUGACUGGGGAAAAGUGCGACAAUAUCCUUACUUUGUCAGACUUUUCCACACUUCCACACCUCUGGGAAGUGUGGAACUAAGUAAAGAAUGACAAAGGGUUCAUGACUGGGGGAAAGUGCGACAAUAUCCUUACUUUGUCAGACUUUUCCACACUUCCAGACCUCUGAGAAGUGUGGAACUAAGUAAAGAAUGACAAAGGGUUCAUGACUGGGGGAAAGUGCGACAAUAUCCUUACUUUGUCAGACUUUUCCACACUUCCAGACCUCUGAGAAGUGUGGAACUAAGUAAAGAAUGACAAAGGGUUCAUGACUGGGGGAAAGUGCGACAAUAUCCUUACUUUGUCAGACUUUUCCACACUUCCAGACCUCUGAGAAGUGUGGAACUAAGUAAAGAAUGACAAAGGGUUCAUGACUGGGGGAAAGUGCGACAAUAUCCUUACUUAGUCAAGAAUGACAAAGGGUUAAUGACUGGGGGAAAGUGCGACAAUAUCCUUACUUUGUCAGACUUUUCCACACUUCCAGACCUCUGAGAAGUGUGGAACUAAGUAAAGAAUGACAAAGGGUUCAUGACUGGGGGAAAGUGCGACAAUAUCCUUACUUUGUCAGACUUUUCCACACUUCCAGACCUCUGAGAAGUGUGGAACUAAGUAAAGAAUGACAAAGGGUUCAUGACUGGGGGAAAGUGCGACAAUAUCCUUACUUUGUCAGACUUUUCCACACUUCCAGACCUCUGAGAAGUGUGGAACUAAGUAAAGAAUGACAAAGGGUUCAUGACUGGGGGAAAGUGCGACAAUAUCCUUACUUUGUCAGACUUUUCCACACUUCCAGACCUCUGAGAAGUGUGGAACUAAGUAAAGAAUGACAAAGGGUUCAUGACUGGGUAAAAGUGUGACAUUAUCCUUACUUUGUCAGACUUUUCCACACUUCCACACCUCUGGAAAGUGUGGAACUAAGGAUGAAAAAGGAAAGUAGGGAUCUUGUGGCCAGCACUGGACAUUUGUGAAAUAAUGCCAACUAACUGGACUAUUUAUCUUCGGAGACAGUUUAUAUUGUGUUCAUUUGAUCAUUACGGUUUUGUUCUGUUGAGUUUAGGGCGAUUUUUUGAGUUUGCGCGAGAAUCACGGUUACUUAAUUGCCUACCCUUUUUCAGUCUAGAACCGUUUUGCUGGCCAAUCUGAGACUUUAAUUACUAUCGAGCAACAGUUAAGACAUCUUAGCGACUUUGCCCAUUAUUGUUUAAUGAUCAAGUUUCUGAUCUAGCUUCCUCAGUAUAAGUUGAACGGUAAUCCGCUUUAUUCCUGAGACGAGGUAUAAUUAGGUCUAAUUAUUGGCCUUAGGGCAAAUGUUACAAUACCUGAUCAAGUUUCACUGAGCUCUUCUUAGCAUAAGACUCAAGUCACUCGGACGGGGUCCUUUCAUAGAGCCCAAAAUAUCAAGUUUUGUCAAGAGCCAUAAUAGGACCUGCCCUAUUAUGGCUCUUGGUUUGUAUUCAAAGUUGUCUGCACAAUCUAAGUUUAUCUUCGUAUCCUCAAUUAUGCUCACUUUUAAUAUGCUCGUUAUAAGUCGUGUCUUUUUUCUCUGCAGCUAGGGACUUAUAAUAAAAAAUCAAGUAUUAAAGUUCGAUCGCUAGACUGUUAAAUCAACUACCCUAUAGUUUAUAUAAUCUAGGUAAUCUGGUGUCAACGUGAGAUUUGACUUGGCUUUUUUAUUACUACAGUCGACUCACGAUAACUCGAACCUUCAAGGGAAAUCGAAAAAAGUUCGAGUUAUCGGGAGUUUGAAGCAAAUAACCGGAAGUAAGGAAAUAAGCAAAUGAUGGGAAGGAAAGGUAAUUAAGCAACAAAGUAAACAGAAAUGGACGCUGAAUUUGAACUGGAGUGACAAAAAAGUAAAGAGAAAGAAUUUACUCGGUUGUUUUGAAAUAAAUUCAAUGUUUCGGACUUCAGUACACGGUUUUUUUCCCGACUUGUCACGCGCUUAUUGCUGGUUUUCAGUGUCACGCCAUUCAAAGUAGAUCAAGAUAAAAAUCAAAACCAUUUGACAGAUAAAGUCCAGAAUCUGGGAAAUGAAAGGAGGUAAAUAUACAAAGCCCCUCGCCAAGAUUUGGGUCGAAGGAGUAAUUCGUAUACGAGAUAUCCGAGGAAAUGUUUUACCCAAAUUUAUAGAGCUUUGUAUGGAGACGCCAUGCUGGAGCUCAUCCGGAUGAGCUCCAACAUGACGGACGGAAACCAACAGAAACAUCUGUUACCGAGUUUUUAGUACAAAAGCGUGAAUUUACUCCUAGCGGAACUUAUAAACAUUAAAGUAAUACUUUUUCUAAUACUUGAACUGUUUAGAUAGCAAAAUUCCUCGAAAAAUUAAAGUCACUUUUUUAACCUAAAUGACAGCCUUCUCGGCGGUGAUGUAAAUGCUGCGUCACGCAAAAGCUUAGAAAUUCAAGCGUACUCUAUUACAAAACCAAGAACCCUUUUGAAGCCAAAAUUUGUUUGAAAAUUAGCUUUCAGCUGCUCUAAUAAGCCAUGAAAGUAAGAUCUCAGUAGGAUCGAUAGUUUUGUAGUUUGAAUUUUGGUGACGUCAUGUGAAAACCAACAAUAUAAACAUGGUUCGAGUUAUCGAGGGUAAAACUGUAUAGAAAUGAGCUGAAGGGAAACAAAACGUUUCUUCGAGUUAGCGGGAGGUUUGAGUUAUCGAGGGUUCGAGUUACCGGGGAUAAAAUUACAGUAAAUGUGAGAAGGAAAUCCAGGGGAAAUCGACUAUGGUUUCGAGUUAGUGAGGGUUCGAGUUAUCGGGAGUCAACUGUAUUUAGUUUAGUACCGCAUGGCAUGUGCGGCACUCCUCAGAUAAAAUUGCCAUAUAGUUUAUACAUGUAACUGUAAUCCCCUGAAAUAUCAAUAUUUUGUGAAAACAGGUAUCAAUUCCCGGAAAAAGCCAGUGGAAGAGCGGUUGCUAAGAAGAGACAAUGGAUAUCGAAAUAGAAUACAUAGCUGCGUGAUUUUGAUUCUUCAUUUUGACAGUUGUGAAAGUUGUGUUUUGUUUUAUUCAUUAGAGUUACAAAUAAUUUCAGUGUAAGAUCAGUCAAUAAAGUGGAGCGAACAGUUUGCUACAAGAUUUUUCCUUUUCACUUUGUUGCUUGUGUGGCUUACUAUAUUCUCCUCUUUAAAAUAAAAGUGCCGAUGAUCCGGCGGGCCGGCUAAAAUGUUGGUAACUUAGCCCCACCGCCAUUGAAGUGACAACUCGACUACCAAUACAGGGACAACCUUCUUCGCUUUAAAAAGGCAUGUUCAUCAAGCUUGGAUGAUUUAUACAAUUAAAUAUUGGCAAUGAACGUGACGGCAAAUGAAAUUGUCAUCUUUUGUGAUUUGAAAUAAGAACGGCCAGAUGAUCAAAGAAGUCGGACUCGGAGUUUCAGAUAUGUACCAAGAAAGCAACUCAGAAUACCAAACUAUGCAUGAACAAUGUCAAGGAAAAAUUCAUUUGUAGAACUGAAGCCACAAUCCUUUCCAAGAAACUCUAAAAACAAAAACGGUGUUUUUCAGGCUAUAUACGACAAACUGUAGAUUACAUGCAGUGGAGUAAACCGAUCUUCACUAGGAUAUUUAUGCCAAACUUCAUUUUCACACGGACACUUUCUUUGCGAGUUAAGUUUUUAUCGACAGUUUUUGCCAUUCUGAUUUUCUUCGAAGUUUCUCAGGAAAAUCAAGUGCGCGAGAAUGAGAAAAAAAUUGCGCCAGAUAGUUUUCAUGGUCUAUUAAACAAAUAUACUCCAUUAAAUGAAAGAACAUUUCAAAAAUUUAAUAGAUCAGUUCAUGUUUCCGUGCGUCUGAUCAGUGUGUUCAGCCAGGUAUAGAUCAUAGAAUGACAUCAGAAUGUGAUAACAAAAAGUGGCACACGCAGGUGGAGAAGCUUCACGAUCGCGAGUAAUUAGAUAGAACGGAGAGCAGACUCAAUGAACGUGCGUCUUGAAGUGACUUCAAGAUGAACUUUCGUUGAGUCCAUUCAGAAACUCAUUAUGAGCAUCAGGUUAUCCUUGUUGCUUAAGGAAUUGUUUUUCAUGGUCAAUAAAGACUUUUCACUGAUUUUACCAACUGAUUUAAUUGACAUCGAUUAAGUCAGGGGUGAGCUUACGUGGACAAAAUUAAGUGGAGAUUCAAGGACCAAUCAAAAGCCCUCCCGGCUGUCAUGUGACCUCGCUACUUUCUCUUUCUCUAUUAGGGAGCUUAAGCAGCAGCGUUUUUGAGCGACGGACGUCAACCGGAAGUGGACUUUUUGCAUCAUUGGGGAGUGGUUUGGUUGAAACUCUCGGGUAAAUCGUCUUUAAAAGAGAAAAGAAACUCAGCAAUACAAGUUUGUUAGCGUCAAGGCAUAUAGAAAGGGAGAAGGCCUCACUUCCGGUUGACGUACGUCGCUCAAAAACGUCUUUGCUUAAGGUCCCUAUUGUCACAGAACAAAUAAGACAACACCCGAGGCUAAAUAGACGCUUUUGUUCAAUCCAAGGACGAUUUCGAUCGAAAACACUCUGCAAAAACUCCAGGAAAUAUAUCAACCACUCGAAGGAGUGACAUUUCGAGGAACCUACCUGGGAGAAUACAAGAUGCCACAAACGGGAAAUAAAAGGUAUAUCAUAAAAGGUAACAACCUUUUCGGCACACUGAAAAGCAUUUAAAGCUCUGUUAUCAACACCUAUGGAAAAACACUAGUAUGGAAAGGAAUAACUGGGCCGGAGGAUAGUGAGAAGUAUACGGAUUACUGGCUUUGGGUUGAACCUGAUGUCGGUGGAAUGCUUUUCGAAGACGACUCUUACGAUUUCAAGAUAGAGAGGUGCACUCCCUUUCACUGCGAGAGCGGCAGUUUUUCGUACGGAGUGAGCAUAAAGGCGAAAAUCGUUUAA